AGUCCAUCUCUACAACCAUUUAGGGCACAUUGAAUCCUGGCCUGAACCCGCAUAACGUGAUCAUUAUCGCGGCUCCUCAAACAUCGCCAAAAAAGGUGCUUUGUGAAUCCAUUUUGUCCAGAUUUCAUUGAAGCACUGACACGAUGAAGUCGUCGAUGAUCUCGACCGUACUCCUUUCGAUGGCGAUGUCGGUCGUCAUCGCUUCACCCAACGGACCUCCGGUAUCAGUACCCGGUCUGUGUGCGGACAUGGUCCCUAGCGGCCAUGGGUCUAGCGAUGCGACUGGAGAUGCUCCUUAUACCAUUACUGCAGUCAAGCAAACUGACAAUACAUAUACAGUACGAAUUGAGGGAGUCGACAACUCCACUUUCCGUGGGUUUUUCAUUCAGGCACGCCCUUGGGACUCCUCGUCUUCCAGUGAAUCAGAGACCACUAGUCUCGGCGUCUUUUCAUCUCAAGAUACCGUUACUAAACCAUUAGACUGCUUCGGUUCCACAGCGAAUGCUUGGGGACACAGCAUCAACAAUAAUAAGACUUCGGUAGAGGGGACAUGGUCUCCACCGGCAGGAUCGGGCGAAGUCCGUUUCAGAAUGACUGUUGUUCAGGGACCUGCGAGCACUUACUGGACCGAACUUUAUUCUGACGUCAUCAUGUACGGUUCGGAUACGACGAUGAGAAUGACUACGUCGUCAUCAGGUAAAUCAAGCCUGAGUAUAGCAUCUUUCUUCGGAUCUUUACUCGUCUUCCUCUUCGCGAAUGUCUAAAUACAGAUGACCCCCUGCUCCCCAUUCUCAACUUUUCAGUGGAUUUAAAAUAUGAAAGGACAAUUCUGAUUGGUGAACAAAAUACGCAUGCACAAAUGAUCCUGAUUGGCCAUUUCAAGUUAUAGCGCCCAUCAAGUUUAUCGUUCCAGUCACACCAGCGAAACUGAUUUCAGACCGAUUAAUAGUGUACCAUUCAAAAUAACGCACACUCUUUGAUCUCUUUGGCGUCGGUUUAGUGAGUGUGACUACGGAUUGUUUCGCCUACGAUUAAAAAAAAAGAAGAAUAAAUCUGUGUCAUAUUGGGUUAUACAAAUAUACAAAUAUUUUUUUCUUUUCAAAAUCGCCAUUUCCCUCAAGAUAAGGUGUGUAUGCCUUUUUUAUACCAAAUGUUUUGCCGAAACCUUGUAGAAAAUAUAUUUUAUCAAUAAAGUUUAAUAUCGGGAAAAGAUAAAUUAGAUAUGCUCAAGUCUUAUUUGAUUUGCGCAUUGUUUCACCUACGAUUAAAAAAUGAAUAGAUAUGUGUUAUAUUGGGUUGUACAGAAAAGAUGCAUGUAUUUUAAAAUCAUUAUUUCCCUCGAAUAAGGUGUAUGCCCAUUUAUACUAAAUGUUUUGCCAACAUUUUGUAGAAAAUCUCUUUUUAAUCAAUAAAGUUAACGGAAAAGAAA